GGCGACUACGACGGCGACGACGACGACGGCGACGACGACGACGACGACGACGACGACGACGGCGACAACGACGGUGACAGCGAUCACCCUGCAUUUCCUCCACGCGAUCAUGUCAGGGACAAGCUGAUGAACUUUCGAACACCUGCAAUGAUGUGACAAUAAAGAUAUCUUCUCCUACACCCUUUCUCAUAUCGCGGGGUAUUGUCCCUGUUAUACAGUGCUUCCCAGAAUAAAACAAGAGAAUGAUACAAAUAUAAUCAUUGGUGACAUCGGUGAUUAAUUAAAAAAGAGGUGCCAAACGUCAACAGACGAGCCAAUCAAAGUGGAUACACAUCUUGAUAUUUCGCUAAACAUCGACAAUUAUUAAGGAAUAAGGAAGAAAUCUCAGAACAAGCAACAAGAAAUUGACCACUGACCGCAAAACGCACAGAACAUAACGAAUUCGAGUUCAAUAAGGAAAAGAAAAUUGAUUAAGGAUAGAAAAGGUGAUUGCUGUUGAAAAGACAGAGAGAGAGAGAGAGAGAGAGAGAGAGAGAGAGAGAGAGAGAAUAUAAGAAGGUAAAGAUCGGUAAGAGGUGGCGUGAAGUAAAAGGAAAAACACAGGUGGUAUAAGACAGUAACAAGAAUAGAAUGGGCAAUAAGCUGUCUUGCAGUUGUGCUCCUCUAAUAAAAAAAGCGUAUCGUUACGAGGAUUCACAUUCACCAUGGCAGGCUGGAGCGAGGAACGCAAUAGGCGGAAGCGGAGGUCGCAGGGGUGACACUGCCCACUUGCUCAGAUUAUGGGCUGAGGUAUUCCAUGUAAGUGCUAGUGGGGCAGGGACCGUGAAAUGGCAGCAGGUCUCCGAGGAUUUAGUUCCUGUAAAUAUCUCGUGCAUCCAAGAUUCACCGGAAUGCAUUUUCCAUAUUACAGCGUACAAUAGUCAAGUCGAUAAAAUUUUAGAUGUUCGAUUAGUUCAACCAGGUACGCGUAUCGGACAAGCAUCGGAGUGUUUCGUGUACUGGAAAGACACGAUGACCAACGAUACGUGGGGAUUGAAUUUUACUUCCCCGAUAGAUGCUAAGCAAUUCAGAGAAUGUUGCUCACCGUCGUUCAAGAUUUCAAGGAAAGCGUCCUCUUCUUACUCGUUGAAGCUCGAACCACCUAACAAACAAAAGAUCAAAACACGGAGAAAGCCCUUAUCGACGCCGGCGUCACCGAGUAGGUCCAGAGAGCCUCAGUGCACGUGCAUGACUCCGGAACAAUUCGCCAGAUUUCGAAGUCAAGAAGCCAGAUACCGAGGCUUUUGCACUACUUCUACACUUCCUCGAACUAUGGCCCGAUCCACGGAGGUGGAAAUGACACCGGGACGUGACAAAAUAACUACGGCAACAUCGAGUGCGUCUCUCUACGAUAACGUUAACAACACGAGCGCGACGCCGGGUAAGACACCGAAAGCUGGUGAAUCGAAGCAAAAGGAGAAACAGAAUGAGACGUGUCAGACAACACCGAAGACCGCGAACGUGGGCAUUGAAACUGUCACUGUUGGAUCGCAGAUCGAUAGUCCGGAGGAAAAGGACGUCGCUGUCUCUCCAAAAAGAUCGCAAAAGCAAAGCCAAGAUUUAUCCACUCAACAGAACGGCACCGAGAUGCUUAAGUCGGAGGGCACCCAAGCCGGUGGCACGUUGCAAAACAAAUCAUUGCGAAAGGAGCAAUUACAUCACACGAAGUCUGCCGAUUACACGGACCUGGAGAUGCAAAACGGCAAUAUUUUCAAUAUAGUGAAUAAUAAUCACAGCGGGAAGAAAUCAAAGAGCAAGAGCACCGAUGACAUGAGGAUCGAGAAUGCGCAAAACGGUGGGAUUAGCUUAGAUUCGAAUACACUGAAACGAAUGCUGAAACCAAUGUCGAGUAUCGAUAGUCCCGUAACAUCGCCCGAGAUGACCAGAAAGAGGCAUAGCCAUCAUAGUUAUCAUUAUCAUCCGAGCAAUAACAAUCAGAAGUACGUUAUGCAAGAGACUGAAAACGAAAAUUACGCGCAUCCAUAUCGAGCACCAUAUAGUAACAAGUUCCAGGCAUCUAGAAGCGUGCAUGACAUGGGACGCCAAUACACUGGCGGCAGAGGCAGGACCUAUUUAGAUUCGGAACGUAAUCGGUGCACAGGUGAUAUGUCGCCGCCGUCGGAUAAUGUAAUCUUCGAUAAUCAGUGUUACGCGACCACGCCGAGUUCGUCGAAUGGGAAUUCGGACAUGGAACAGCCGACUCACUGUAAUUCGCGUCGUUGCAAUAUAAACGGACAGAAUUAUCAACAACAGAACAUGCAAAUGCAAUCGGUAUCGACGCCUGGCAGCCCGACCAGCAGGUUGUUGCUCGAAUACGAGAUGCACCUGAGGAACACGUUGGCCAAGGGUAUGGAUGCUGAGAGCUAUAGUCUACGUACGUUCGAGGCACUUCUCACGCAGAGCAUGGAAAAUUUGGAAUUCGCCGAGAAUAUACCGUUAAACAUUCAACGCACACCCCAUGUUUCACGAAGACGUUCUAAUUCUAACAAGUCGUCUACAUUGCCACUAUCAUAUCGUUACAACAACGAGAGACAAAACAGCAAAGACAGAGAUGGAUACUAUAGCGAUCGAAAUGAAAUGAUCAGAGAGAAGAGGGACAGAGACAUCGACCGAGAUCGCGGAUAUCUCAGUGAUUAUAAUUCUAGAUGUGCCAGCUGUGUCGGGGAAUCUGCACGCGCGCAAUGGUUUCGACAUUCUGACGGGUGGCAAUCCGGCAGCUCGACACUUGGCUCCGGUGCUUCCAGUUCAAUGAAUCCCAGUUACAGCGGACACAAACGGGACUCUCCGUGGGAUUCUCUACCGUCAUUGAGACACGAGGGUAGCCUCAACGACAGCGGAUACAAAUCGAAUCGAACCGAUUCUUUGGAACAAAGGGGCACUUUCGACAGACAGGACAGCGUAAGGUCGGAUUACAUGUCCGACAGGGACGGUAGAUACGGAAUUGUUCAACAAGCUUCCCUGGAGAGCACAGACUCGAGACUUUGCUACUUAACGUCCUCAGAGCUACCUCCCGCCAAGCCCCGGACGAUAAUGGUAGAACCCAGAUGGUCGAAAAAAUGCAUGAAUAGUACAUUGAGUUUGUUGAAUCCGAUCAGCAGUUACGCGGACUUGGGAACGCUUCAUAAGAAACACUGCAGGAGGAUAUUUUGCUCGUGCAAGAAGCACAACGUGAGCAUAAUAUGCAUCAAUGAGGCGAGGAAGCUGUACUGGUUUCAUUGUAAGAACGUUCGCGAAAAGGUGAAUCUUGGUCUUGGCGACGGUUACUAUUACAAAUUGCUGAGGAUCGUUAAUGGUGCUUUGAACACUUGGGCUCAGCUCUACAUCGACGGUCUCAACGUCACUCGUAGAGAGAUCAUGUUCAAGAUAAACGGCACCGCAAAGAAAAAUAUGAAGCUCCUGAAGGAGGGUUGCUACUGUCAUUAUCAUCCGCACAUGACGGCAGACGCGUGCAACGCCGACUUUCUGAAAAAAGUCGUAAGUUUUUGGGCUGGUGAAGGCCUUAGGGGAUUACGCGACAAGCUUCGCGGUAUGACGAAUUAUGCUAAAAAGAUGUCCGAUGAUGACAGAAUGUCGCUAACCACUGCUGUCAGUGACGACGACGAUGGCGAGAGCGUUAUAAAUUCACCUUACCGAGGGAAACAGACUGGCACGGCUGCGGCUUCGUUCAAUUGCACGGGUGCAGUUCGAAAAGCUGGAUACCUAAGCGUGAAGAAAUGGCUGUUACGAAAGAAGCACCAAAUUGAACUCGCGAGAAAGAGGGGAUGGAAGGGCUACUGGGUUUGUCUGAAGGGCACUACGCUUCUAUUCUAUCCUUGCGAUUCGCAAGAAAGCAGAGCUAUGGAGGCUGCGCCCAAGCAUUUGAUCAUAGUCGAUGGCGCGAUCAUGCAACCGAUCCCGGAACACCCGAAACGAGAAUACAUAUUUUGCUUGAGCACUGCGUUCGGUGACGCUUACUUAUUCCAAGCACCGUGUCAAGUGGAACUCGAGAACUGGGUGAACAGCAUACAUUCGGCUUGUGCCGCCGCGUUCGCGCGUCAUCGCGGUAAAACUGGAACUCUUCAUUUAUUGCAGGAAGAAAUCUUUCGCUUAGAAAAGGCGAUAGAAUCGGAUCACAAAUUGAAGCAUAUGGCCGAUCUUCAGCAGUCCGUUGUGUCUGACGUGGAGACAAAACAGCAGAUCAACAGUCAGAUUGUUCAAUGGGAAGAGAAUCUGGAACGGCUUCAUUGCGAGCAAUUUCGUCUUAGGUGUUACAUGGCUAGUUUGCAAAGCGGCGAAUUACCUAAUCCGAAGAGUUUAUUGACGCACGUAUCCCGUGCCACGAAGCAGACGUUGAACAAAUUAGGCGUGUUCACCGUGUCGUCGUUUCACGCGUUCAUCUGCGCGCGGAGCCCUUCGCUACUGAACAAUCUGUUGGCCGGACGCGGGGCCACCAAGAGGAGACCGCCGUUGCUAUCGAGAUCCAACAGCGGCUCGAGUAGGAGAUCCCUUCAAAUUUCGUCCAGAGACGACGAAAAAACCGUGAAGGUGUGCGUACCAGAAAAUCAGCUGGUGUCCGUGUUUGUGCGCGAUGCUAUGACAGUAGAGGAGUUCCUUGCAAGUGCUUGCAACAGGAAGAAUCUAAAUCCGAUGGAACAUUUCGUUCGCGUGAAGAAACGACGCGACAUGGAAGAUCAUAACUAUUUCGUGCCGCAUAGAACCGACCUGAUAGAGACUUACUUGCAUACGCAUGAGAUUGUUGAAGUUUGCGCCAAAAUAUUGUAUCAAGUAGAAUUGCAAAGAAAUACUCUCGACCAAAUGUGGGGCUUCUCAGUGGAAGCGGAAUUGAUCGAGAAUUCAGAUCGACAAGAUGAAUUGUGCUGUUACGUUAGCAGGGUUGAAGAUAAGAGCGUGGCCAUGCAAAAUGGAAUCAUCAAAGGUGAUGAAAUAAUGGUGAUCAACGGUGCUAUAGUAAGCGAUUUAGAUAUGAUGUACUUGGAGAGUGUGCUGCAAGAAGAGGUCGGUUUAUGCAUGAUGAUGAGAUCCUCGCGAACCGAGCCACCGGAUCUCACGGGUAUAAUGAGAGUUACCGAUGAGAUAAUCGAGAGUUUGGUUUGCCCACCUCCACCCUCUGAUCCGCCAAUGAUAAGCGAAGAAAUGAUUUCUGGUUUAAUCGUCCCUAAACCUGGAUGGAGCAAGGAAAGUAUUCCACAAGAAUGUAGCACGACGACUCACAUAGAAAAUGGAAAACAGACGUCUCGCACAAAUUCGAUCGAGAUAGAAAAUUUAUUGAAGACCGCCGAACAAGUAACAGGAAUCUGUCGAUCACCCGGUGAAACGAGGAAGUCCAGCCCCACCGGAAGUGUUGUUAGUUCUCAUUCCCAAGCUAUGACGCCGAGUCGGCAAUUGAGCGAUGCUGAGAAGUUGAAGAAAGUUAUUCUAGAAUUAAUUGAGACUGAACGUACAUAUGUGAAGAAUUUAAAUAAUUUGUUGGAGAACUACUUAGAACCCCUUAAACGUGAAACCUUCCUAUCGAACGCAGAGAUAAACGCAUUGUUCGGGAACAUACAAGAGAUUGUUACGUUUCAACGACAGUUUCUACAAAAUCUCGAUCACGCGAUCGAGAUGGAAGUUGAUUUCAAUAAUUUUGACCAUCCUAGUCAAUUUAAGGGUGUCCUGUUUUCUAUUGGAAGUGCCUUCUUGUAUUACGUAAAUCAUUUCAAGUUGUACAGUUCGUUUUGUGCUAGCCAUUCAAAGGCGCAAAAGGUUUUACAUCCAAAUGAAGGAAAUCAAGCUUUACAAGAGUUCCUGCAAGCGAGAAAUCCAAAGCAGCAACAUUCGUCAACUUUAGAAUCAUACUUGAUAAAACCUAUUCAACGAAUAUUGAAAUAUCCUUUGUUGCUACAACAGCUCCGGAACCUAACUGACGAACGAAGCGAGGAGCAUCAACAUUUGAUCGAAGCGCUAAAAGGCAUGGAAAAAGUAGCGGAACACAUAAAUGAAAUGCAAAGAAUUCACGAAGAGUACGGAGCGAUCUUUGAUCAUUUGUUCAGACAACAUCAAAAAUCUUGCAAACAGCCGAUCGACUUAAGUCCUGGGGAUCUUUUGUACUAUGGAGGCGUUGAAUGGCUGAAUAUUUCCGAUUUUCUUGGUAAAAUCAAGAAAGGUCUGGAAUUACACGCGAUGUGUUUCGUAUUUAAAUCUGCCGUCGUAUUUCUGUGCAAGGAACGAUUAAGGCCAAAGAAGAAGCUCAUGGUACCCACGAAAACGAAUCCCAGCGAGGUAGAAAUAAUUCGUUAUCAAGUCUUGAUCCCCGUAACAGAAGUCCAAGUUAGAGCUAGUUCUGCCAAAGACAUGGAAUCGCAUUUCUUAUGGGAAUUGAUCCACUUAAGAAGUCAAUUACAAAGAAGAUCGGAGAAAGUAUACGUGCUCUCUAACAGCACGACAGAAUUUAGAAACGCAUUUUUGAGGACGAUUCGUCAAAUUAUUCGAGAAUCGGUACGAAAUAUGAGCAUACCGUCGACGAAACAGAACAUGAACCAACCACCGAUGACGAUUGCACCACGAAUGUCGACCGGACACAUCGAGAAAUUCGAAAAGCAGCCACCAAGUCAGGGACAAAACGGCAACGGUAGCAUCGCGACUACCGGUACCCUGUCCAAGAAAAUCGUUAAACCACAACUGCUCCCGACCUCGCAUAACGUAAAACGGAAAUACAGCCAAUCGAAGCAAGCGGUGGAGCACGAGAGCUCCGAGGACAAGGAUGCAGAGGAACCAACAGGAGCCGUGAUCAACCAACAGCAAACGACAUUUCGUUCCCGAAGCAAGACCAUAAGCGAUACGUCCGGCGAGGUAAAAGUCGAAAUGGAUUCGGGAACGAAAUCCGAGGGGGAGGAAGACUCGCAAGCUUUUUUAGGUGAGAAGAAGGCGAAUUUGGGCCGCACACCGAAUCAUUUGACUUUGAGCACCGCUUCAACCAUUUCAGCAGGAAGCACGGGUAGCCAGGCAAGGCUGAUCCAGUCCUCUCAUCAGCCGGAAAACUAUCAACCGAUCACAGUCAAGGAACUUGGUUCGCCGAUCUGGAAGCCACGGGAAUUACCCUCGCUCGGGGAGUCGACGACGUUGCCGCGUAAGGGUAAGUCGGGCAGCGAGUUCGGGGACAUAAGCUCGUCUCAUAGCGCCUCCCGAAAGUCUCUGAUAGAAAUCAAUAAUUGUGCUCAACAAUCUAACUGUAAUAACCAUGUUUAAAUUAAAUAGAUGUUAACUGAUUAACGAAGUAUCGAAUUAAGUUUAAAGAAACCGUGAAAUUAUUCGAUUAUCGUGUAAACUGUAAAGACUUAGCGCGCGCUUGCCGCCCACGCGGAAUCACGUACACAGUUAUUGUAACUUUGAUCGUUACGCGUUUCCAUGCUUCCUUAUUCUCGUUUGUCUUCCAAACGCAACGCCAAGCGUCGCGCCGCAACUUUUUCUCUGUACAACGAACGAUACUCGAUUGUUAAAUGGGAGAAAAUGUUGAAAAUACGAAAGUGUUACUUUUUAACGGAAAAGAAUUUCCCUCGGACCGGAAAGGGAACGUGCCGCUACGAAAAUUGUAUAACGCGGUCGAUGAGGAUCUUCAAGAUCAUCUUCGGACUCCUCAUUCAAGCAAUACUGUUCUACCCACCGAUCUCACUGUACUAUAGUAAUCAAAAUCAAACAACAAUAUUGCUCAACUAGCAAUGCUAGUAUAGAGUAACGAGUUUGGUAAAAUUCUAUCUACUAUCAUCACCACCAUUCAACCAACACUCCUACUACUGCUUGUACUACUUCUACUACUUCCGCUACUUUUAAUACUUCUGCUACUCUUGCUAUCAUCACUACUACUCUACUACUACCGCUUCUGCUGCUACUAUGAUGAUUCUGCAUGUCAUCCACGCAAGUACGAGCUGCGAUGAAUGUUCAAGACGGCAUAGAUUUUUCAAAUAUUUCUGUAAAAUAUAACCAUUCAUUUUUAUUCGAUUUUAAUCCACCAAGUGUAAUUAGUUUCACAACUCUCUUCUCCACGUGGACGGCAAUGCGCAAUAAACUCUGUAUAUAAUGUAAUAUUGAUACUAUCAAUAUUGUCAUUAUUAUUGUCGUCGUCGUCACCAUGAUCAUCCUCUCAUAUUCGUAUUAUACUCCAUGUCAUGAUUAUUUUCAUGUGUAUUUUUAAUACCAUUACUCCUUAAAUUUGUUUAUCAUUCGUUAUCACUGUCGCAAUUGUUGCCAAAAUCCCCUUAUUACUUUGAAUUAUUAUGAUUACCAUCAUCGUUACUUAUUCUAUUAUUAUUGUUGUUAUUGCGUAUUAGUGAUAUUACUAGUUCUAUUAUUGGUUUGUAUAGACAGCUUACCGUUACUAAUAUCUAUUACCAUAAUCAUGGUUAUCGUCAUCACCGUCAUUGUAUUCAUUGUUAAACGAUAAAACGUCGCUACGGUGGGCGAAAAAAAUCAAGACAUUAUAUAUGAAAUGUCCACAAAAAAAAAGAGAAAUUAAGAACGAACGACGACAUUGACGAGGAGAUUUAGUGAUGAAAUAAGAACAUUUAACGAAAUAAGUCGUGUGUACAUAUGUACGUGUGUGUAUGUGCGUACAUGCGUUGGGUACCUGUCGUGUACGCAUACGUCUGUACCUGCAGUGGCACACAGAGCAUAUAGAUACAUUUGUAUACAUGCGUAUCUGUAUACAUAUGUACAUACAUAUAUACGUGUAUCGCAUCGAGGGACACGGUCUUCCACAUGUUUCGAACACAUUUUGGGCUCGAGUAUUCUAUUCUCGUUAUAGGAAAUUUUAUUUUUAACGUUACUUAUAAACUACGAUUGGUGGGUCAGGAUAUUCGAGGCUAAAAACACGAAACGGGAGAUGUCAAUUUGCGCGUGGCCAUUGUUCGCAUAUGCGGUGAACAAUAAAUUGUGUACCUAAGCAUACCAAGCGUGAUGGUAUUAAUCGAAAUCGUUGAAGCAGCGUACGCGUUCAAGAUCCAGUAUUAAAUAAAUGAAACUAUGUGGAACACCGUCGUAGCGUCGGCGAUAUAUAAAUACAACAAGAGUUAACAAAUACUUGACGUAUAAUGCAUUGUUAACGAAUGCUAAGUGAUAAGUUAACACGAUAUUAAGUGAUUAAUACUUGUAAAUUAGAAAACAGAAAGUAUAUCUAUAUCUAUAUCUACAUCUAUAUCUAUAUACAUAUACGUAUACAUAUAUAUACAUAUAUGUAUGUACGCAUAUAUUUGUCUACGCAGACGAAUAUCUGCAACACAUGCAACACGAGAUAAGAUACACACACACGUAUAAUAUAUAUGCGUAUGUGCCUGCGUGAACGCGUUCGUGGGUGUGUGUAUAUUGUAUAAUAGGCGUAUACAUAAUAUGUAGGAUGAGAGUAAACGGUUGUUCGCAAAUUCGAUGAUAUACUCUGAACGAAACGAAAGAUCAUACCUUCCUUCAUGCGUCCCGUUCUUUUCCUUUCCUACUCCUGCCAAUAAGCUAGAGAGAUUUGCCUACCCGUAGGACGUAGAGUAAGUUAGGUAGUAUGAGAAACGAGCACCAAAAUUUCUGAACAACACUUUGGAUCAUCCUAUAUAUACAUAAUAUAUAUAUACACGUGUACACAUACGUGUUACCUGUAUGAGUGACACGCAGAAUCGAGCUAUCAUUUGUACAUUUUUUUUGUUACCGUUCCAAAACGCAACAUUACGAAAAUUCGAUCGUGUUGAAUCAUAAAUAUUUGCUCUUUUAACCAGUCUUAGUUCCAGCCUACGUCAAUUUCAAACACGAUCGCCGAAAUGCGUAAAUUACCGCAAUACAUUUCCUUGUUUACUUGUAUAGUGCCAUAAUUAUGUAAAAUUUAUAAUACGUAAACUCUUUGUACACGUUUUUAUCACGUUCGACACUUCCAAUUUAAAUACUAAUCUUUUAAUAUAAGAAAUUUCGGACUACCAAUCGCUCCAUAUGAUUUCACGUAAUGGGAAUAACGGCGAAAAGGAGUUACAUUAUAAUUAAUUUUGAGAAGAAAGAGAAAAGAGCACAAUUCAAUUCGACUUAAGGCGUCUAAUGAAAAAGAAAAAACGAUUGAACUUUGUUUCAGUGGACGUUUCAAUGAAUUCGAUAGUUAUCUUAUCUUGUCAAAUAACAGAAUCGCGUUAUUAAUACAUUUAUCGGAAGAAAAGUUAUUCACAUUGAGAAUGAUAGAUCACCACGUUUCGAGGAUCGAUUGAUAAGAGAACAAUGUCAUUAUAUUAUCUCCUUCGUCUACAAAAUUUUUCGUCGUCGCCUCGAACCGUCGCACAGGUGUGCUCUUUUUUUUCUCAUCCGACAUGUAAUAAAUACUCGCGCACACAUUUAUUGAACGUAUGCACACACUUACACAGACAACCACAUGAUCGCACACGUGCGCAUAUACAUAAAAAAUACUUAACGUAAAAUAAGAUAUCGAUUAAAAUACUUCACCACGGAGAAGAAAUAAUAAGAUACCUACUUAUAUAUAUAUCGAUUACUAUAGAUGUCAUAAUGUGCGAAUUUCAAAAUCUACAGGAGACCUUCUGUUGCUCGAAUUAUUGCAUUGUCUACUAUAUACAUAUAUAUAUAAAAAAAUUUUAUUGUAUAAAUUUCGUCGAGGCGCGUCUCCGAGCGUAAAAAAAAAAGGUAAAGAAUUAAAAAGAAAACGUCGACGUUCCCGUUUUUCUCGAACCGCGUGAACUUAUCCUGCGAGAUAAGACUCUUCCUUUGAACGAUACCUCAUUUGGAAUAAAAUAUAAAACGAUAAAUAAUUUGCAGCGUCGCGAAAAUGUAGGAAACAGCCGAAGUCCAAUGAGAGAGACAUCAAACACGUGAAUGUUUAAACUACUUUUCCAUAGUUUUACAAAAGAUCGAGUUCGACUUUGUAGAGCGUCAAUCAAGAUAAGGUAACUGUAACAAUUGCGAAUACGAAAAAAUGUGAAAAUUUUCGAACGUUCAAUAUUAGUAUUUACGUACGUCCCUGCAUUUAUAUGUGACAAUCAAUGGGAAACUUACUUAGAUCGACGUCUUUUGUGUUUUAAAAUUAGGGGUGAAGGAAGAUGGAGACGAUAGUUAUCACGAUGUACGUGUUUAAAAAAUGUUAGUUAAAUCUUGAUAAUGAUAAGAACGAAAUCGACAAACGGGGGAGAAUGGGAACAAGUAAAUGAUCAAAGACCGGCGCAUCUGAUUAGGCGCCUAGAAAGAAAGAGAAAUUAGGAGAAUCGCAAAGUUCCUGAAGAUUUAAACACGCAACGCGGUACACGUGUAAGAAAAAUCGCUGGGACGCUCGACAAGACACUCUAGCUCGGAGACGUAUCUUAAUACAUAGUUGGCCUAGUAACGAGUUUCAUAUUUUUCGCCCCCGAUCGCAGUAAAAAUCGUCGAACGAUUAUCAUCUAUUAUACAAUAUUAUUGACAUUAUCCACAAAUUUUAUUGAAAUAAACUUUAUCGACACCGUUGAACAUAAUAUACUUAAAUUAUGACAAUUUCGAUAUUGUUAUAUACGGGCACCGAGUAUGUAUAUCGUGGAAAGGGAUAACGGAGAGUGAAGGAAGCAGGCGUGAAAGAGAGAAGGGAGGUACAGAGAGAAAGAGGGUGAAAUAGAUGAAUCAGUGAGCGACAGUUGAACGUAUGCGUAUCCGUGUGUGAAAGAACAGAAAAUGAGAGAGAAAGAAAAGAGGAGGUCGAAAGGAUAAAUCCUUGAGGUGGGUGCGAAUCCAAAGAUUUUAAACGAUUGAUAGAAUAACUAUACAAUUGUAUAAGCGGGGAUAAAAUAUUACGAUAAAAGUUCGAGAUAAAAUGGAACAGGGUGGGCUGGUCAUGUUUAAAACGAAACGAAGAGACAGUUAAAAUACAGUCUUUCUAUAUUCCUUUUCCUUUUCAUUAACGUGCGGUCAAUCAGAAAUGAAGAAAACGAAAUCGCCCGCGUAUAAACACGCGAACGCAAUGUAAACGUGUUAAUUACGCGUUCCCAUCUAUUGUGUACUUAUAUAUUAGUAAUGAACAUUAUAAUUACGAUAAUUCCUGUAUUUAUUGUUAUUGUUCCUCGGUUAUGCGGAAAUGUUCAAGAGUGAUCCAUUUGUACAAUCAUUGAGUCAUUAAAAUAUGAUUAUUCAGUAUUGAA